AUGAAGAAGGCGUCUUCCUUCGGGACGGUGUCGUCGGCCUCGCUGACGGGCCAUGGAUUCGGCUCGGCCCCAUUAUUACCGCCAUCGCGGACAACAACAUCGACAACAACAUCGACAACAACGACAACAGCAGCUACCCGGUCCGCGAUAUUGCUCGCCGUUUGCAUGUUCUUGUCAAGCACUGUCGCCGCCCAGACACUGCCGUACAUCCCCACCAAUAUAUUCAUCCCGGCGCCCAGGACGGCGCAAACGCAACAAGAUGGCACGGCCGACAUCGCUUACAUCUUCUCACCUCAGGACGACGACUCAGUUGACUUGCUGGCACUCAACCUCUCGAAAAGCCUGAAGGCCUCAUCCUUCUCCUUCAAGACCCUGUCAUCUGGCCUACCGUUUCUUGAUGGCAACAAUACCGCUUUUACCCCGUCACUCGCCGACAAUGGAUCACUCAUCGUCUACGCCGGCGACUGUUCGUCAUCAAACACGUCUGGGAUCUGGACCUUCACUUCCUCGACUAACGACGAUGCAUCGGCCCAGUGGGUCCAACAAAGCACCACCAUAUCUACCGCGGACGACACCCUCCAGACAGGGCCGGGCUUUCUCGGUAGCAGCUUCAGCUUCUCAACUACUUUGGAGCCACAAACGUCCGAGGCGAAUACAUACGUCUACGGCGGCAUGUGCCCGGACAGUACCCUGGACUAUGCCUCACCACAAGGCAGGGCGACAUACUCGAACCAAAUGGUCAAGGUCGCACCCUCGGAUUCCAGUAUCGACGGUUACACAGUCACACCCGUCAGCAGCAAGGGCCCGCCUGUAGCGGAAGCCGGUUUCACAUUCACAGGCCUGUACCCGUCCAUCUCGAAUCACUCGGGUAUGGUGACACAGCAGGUCAACUACGUCCUACUGGGCGGUCACACCCAGUGGGCAUUCGUCAACAUGAGCACUGUCGCGAUCUGGAACCUCCCGGAAGAAAGCUGGGCCUUCGUCUCGGACAUUGGGUUGGCGGCGUCAAGCACGAGUGGUACCGACUUGGCUGUUGAGAGUGCAGUCUCGAGCAUAGACAGUCGCUCGGGUCACACAGCCCUGCUGAACGAAGAUGGAACAUCCCUGAUCAUAUUGGGUGGCUGGGUGGGCGACCUGACCCAGGCAGCUUCGCCGCAACUCGCGAUCCUCGAGGUCGGAUCGGGGUACGGCGGUGAGGGAGACUGGCAGUGGUCGGUUCCUGAUACUCAGCCAUCAGCCGGUAUAUACGGACAUGGCGCUGCCCUCCUCCCCGGUAACGUGAUGAUGGUUUAUGGAGGCUACAGCAUUUCUUCCUCGGGAAACAAAUUUAGGAGACAGGGUUCUGCCGGCACACCCACCUUCCUCAACCUUACUUCAAUGACGUGGUCCGAUGACUAUACAAAUCCAUCUUACAACGCGAACGUUCCGGAUGGUGACUCUGACGACCUCAGUGAAAAGACCAAACAGCAUCUAGGCCUAGGGCUUGGUCUGGGACUCGGGGGUGUGGCGAUUAUUGCAGCUGUUCUGGUUUAUAUAUAUUACCGUCGCCGACUACGAGACAGGCGUCUCAUCCGUGAUUCUCAGAUUCGCGAAUUAGCGCAAGAUGAUUCACGGUUCCUAGGCCACGAGGAUGAGAUGAUGGAGCAUGACCAAGGAGGGUCAUGGUAUAUGGGUGGUGCAGAUCCCUAUGCGCAAGGGAGCCGCUCGCUGGGAUAUCAGAGCUUGCAGACAAAUCGCGGGAGCAUGGACAACAGCCGCCAGCACUGGUUCGGCGACAUGCCGCCCAUACAGCCGGUAGCAAGGAAACCCGUCGCUCCCCGUUCGGCGAGAGGUCAAUAUCAGCCAAUGCCCGCAGCGGUGUAUGAUCCCUAUGAUCCCGCGCACAACUCACGGGGCCCAGGAGGCAUGAACCCCAUCUACGAGGCAGACGAAGACGACGCCCUGCAAUAUGGCGGGGGCAAUAUAGUUGGCGACCCGAUCAGCCCAUUGCGCGACGCGCACCGAGACAGUGGCCAAUAUUCAAAUCCGUUCGUGUCGCCCGUGCACGAGCGUCCGCUCUCCUUUCCACCACCCAGCCGCGCCUCAGCGUCGCCGAGUCCCGAGGACCGUCGCCGCAAUUCGGCCACAGAUCCCGAAGUGCAGGACUGGAUGUUUAAUCUGGACGCCGCCGAUGCGCUCCUAAGACCACGCCCGGCAGCAGGCGGGGCAGGGCGCCCCUCUUCAUCACCCACACGCCGUAACACCGUCAGGUCAACCCGCUCGCUCGGCGGCCACACAGCCGAGAAUGACGAAGGGGGCUCGCGCACGGGGAGCAACAUCUCUGAAUCAAAUCGUAGCAACUUAAGCCCUAGCCGGUCAGGCUCCGUGCGCUCACACCUGCGCGUCGGGUUCGGCAUGGCAGCCGCGGCCGCGGGCAUCGCUACCGAAGACCGCGGCGGAACAAGCAGCAGCUCGAGCUCGGCGCCGACCUACAACACGGCCAAGAGCAGCUUCCCCACGAUGCAGGCCGAAGGCCCGACGCUGCUCAUGGGCCGGGACAGGGACGAGGAGGAGAUGCAGGAGCCCGGCAGCCCGAGCAAGAACAAGCCGCGGCGCAGCUGGUUCGGCAGCCUGCGGCGCGUGUUCAGCGGGCCGACGCCGAGCCCCAGUUCAGGGGAGAGUAUGGACAGGGACGAAGGCGACCCGUUCCGCGACAGCAUGGCGGAGGCCAGCGACUACGACGCGCGACGCGGCGGGCUGGGCGGCAUCGCCGCCGACGGGCUCCUGCUGCGGCGGAAGGGCGGGCGCGGGGCCUGGGAGGGCCAGGGGCGCGGUAGACCGGGUUCCGGCCGCGGGAGCUACGCGCAGCUGGGGACGGGGGGCGCGGGCGCGGGCGCUGGCGACCUGGGCGACGGCGAAGACCACGACGAUGACGACGACUGGGACAUCGAGAGGGCGGUCGAGCAGCGACUCGUGCAGGUCAUGUUUACGGUGCCUAAGGAGCGCCUGAGGGUGGUUAAUGCGGAGCCCGAGAUGGAGUGGGAGAGCGGGGAGGACGUCGUUGUUGUCGAUCCCGCUCGGGAGCGCGCAGCGCAGCCCCAGGAGGAGGGGAGGCGGGAGGGGCCUGCUGUUGCACAACACCACCCUGGGCUUGCGGUUCCAUUGUCGCAACCUGAACCUCGCCGUCCAGAACCCAUACCGGCAGCAGAGCCGGAGAGGAUACAACCUGCAGGCUUGGGCCUGCAGAUUCCGCUCGCGACGUGGACUACGGCUGCGGAUUCCAUUCCGACACCGAGCCCCGUGAGCGAGAACUGGCCGAUGCGGCGGGACGACCCCGAGAAGGAAGCUCUGCGUCGUGAACUGGAUGCCGAGUGGGCUAGGGCCGAGGCAGAGGCGGCUGAGAAGGACAUGCGGCAGCAGCAGCAAACUGUCCUCGACCAGGAGAUCGAGAAGCUGGGACUGGAACUGCAGCGCGAUAACGAGAGGGCGCGGGCCCGGUCCCGGGAGGAGACCCCAGAGCACCACGACCACCUGGUUGACCGUGCACCAGAGCCAGAAACCGAGCCCGAGCCCGAGCCCAAGCAUCUUAUUGCCCGUAAUCUGGAUAUCGUCAGCAGGGACGUAAAUACCAGUAGCAGCAGCAGUGAAGACGACGCUCCCGCGCCGCUGACGCCGCGGUCCGAUCGGAAGCCGCGGUCUCGUGUCCUGGCUAUGGUUGAGCAUCUGGAGAGCAAGAGCCGCGAGGGCAGUCCGUCGACCUCGCCUACGCGGGGGUCGCCUUUGCGGUGA